AUGGCUGGCGGUGACACCAAGAAGGGCGCCUCCCUCUUCAAGACGCGCUGCGCGCAGUGCCACACCGUCGAGUCUGGCGGCGGCAACAAGAUCGGCCCUGCCCUGCACGGCCUGUUCGGCCGCAAGACCGGCUCCGUCGACGGCUACUCGUACACGGAUGCCAACAAGCAGAAGGGCAUCACCUGGGACGACGGCACCCUGUUCGAGUACCUCGAGAACCCCAAGAAGUACAUUCCCGGCACCAAGAUGGCCUUCGGCGGCCUGAAGAAGGAGAAGGACAGGAAGGACCUGAUUGCCUACCUGAAGGAGUCCACCGCUUAA